AUGGGAGACAAUGAGGAUGAGCAACGGGACCCGAGUCAGUGGAUGAGAGCGUUUGGAAGAGAGAUGAAGGAGGAGAUGUCCAAGAUGAUGGCGAUGAUCGGAUCGCAGAAGAAGGCGGAGAAAGUGGAAGAAGAAAAAGCGCCGAAGGUGUCAUCGAAGGGAGUUCAGAAGAACCUCGACUUCAACUACAAGCUCAAGAACGUGCUCGCAAGAGUGACGGACGACGACGAUUGGAAGGAGGCUCGGAAGGAAGUGCUGGAGAUGAUCAAGGUCAGAAACGCGGAACUGGUGAUGCUCGCAGCGGAUCCGGGAAUGCUUCUGCAGAAGGAGAAACUCGAUUCGCUGAAGGCAAUGGCCGGAGGUGCGGACAGUGCGGACAUGACGUCGCUUCUGCUGCUGUCGCAGAUGAACGCCAACAAAGCCGGUGGCUCGUCGGAAGCGAAGAGGCGAAGGCUCGACUCGGACGAGGAGGAGAAGCGGCGGUGGUUUCGAUAUGAGGGUACCGCCAGAGGCCAUGGUGGUGCCCGUCAAAGUGGAGGCCGAGGAGCGCAGAGAGGCGGAGAGCAGCCAAAGAAGUCGAUCAAGUGCUUUCGGUGCAACACGUUCGGUCAUUACGCCAACGAGUGUGAUCAGAAAAGGUGAGGGAUUCCCAGAUAGGUUAUCCAGGGCCAUCGACUUCUGGGAGAGGAAUUGCCGGACAGAUUGGAUUCUGAGCGUGAUAGAAUCCGGGUUUAGGAUUCAGUUCGACGAGAGUGUGAUUUUGCCGGAGCCGCAGGGCAUGAGGCCGUCGGUAAUGAGACACAGCGAAUUCGUUUUUGCAGAAAUUAAGAAGCUGAUCGGCCAGAAGGUGCUCAUCAUGUCGGACAUCGAGCCGAGAUGUGUGUCGCCACUGCACGUGGUGGAACAAGGUGAGAAGAAGAGAAUGAUCUUGGAUCUGAGUGAAUUGAACAAGUGCCUGGCUCCUCCUCCUCACUUCAAGUUAGAGAACAUGAAAACGGCGUGGCCUUUCCUAGAAAAAGCGAGUUUCGCAGCAACGUUUGAUUUCAAAUCGGGGUAUCACCAUGUCAUGAUUCAUGAAGAGUCGCAAGACUUGUUAGCCUUUUCGUUAUCUAAUCCACCCGAGGCUCCAUAUUUUAUGUUUAGAGGGUUACCCUUUGGGUUAGCAACCGCCCCGUGGCUGUUCACGAAACUUUUCAAAACGCUAGUGCAUAAGUGGAGAGCGGGGGGCAUGAAAGUGAUACUGUACCUGGACGACGGUCUCAUCCUAGGCGAAACGGAACGAGAAGUGGAAGAGGCGGUUGAAGUGGUGAGGAAGGACCUGGAAGAGGCAGGAGUGUGUGUAGCCGAAGAGAAAUCGGUUUUGGACGCCAUCGCCAGUGUUCACAUGGCUGGGAUACAGAGGCGAUCUGUUGGCGAGAGAAGUCCGUGGGACUGAGAGAAGGAUGACCGCGUGGCGGCGUGCUCUGGAGGAGCUGAGGAGGAGCCCGGCUCCGUCGGUCCUGGACCGAAUGAAGUUUCUUGGAUGCCUGGCAUCAUUUGAUGUUGUUGCAGGAGAUGAAGGUGUAGCCAUGGCUCGGCAUCUGAUGCAGAAGGUCGGUGAGGCCCAGAAGAGGAGAGUGUCGAUGACGACGAGGAAAAGGAAGUCGGAAGGUGAGGAGAGAGAACUGCGAUUCUGGAAAGGAAGAGGUGAAGAAGUGCUGAGAAGACAAAUAGAAGAGAGAGAGGUGGAAAUCGAUUGGUUUCUGUACACCGACGCUUCCGCUAAAGGAAUCGGCGCGGUGCUGAAGGAUAAGAAAAGGAGAGACAGUCUGGAAGAUGACAGAGAGAGGAGACGCGGAAUUCGAGAGGGAAUCGAGGCGCGAUGAGGGAACUGCGAGCCGUAGAGUGGGCCACGGCCAAGUUGAGAAGAGAGUUAGAAGGGAACAUCCAGGUGUUGGUGGACAGUCAGGCAGCGGUCAGCAUUCUGAGACGAGGUUCCAUGAAACCGGAGCUGCACGCAAUUGCGGAGAAAGUGUGGGAGAACCUGCAGAGAGUGGGGGGAAGCGAGUUUUUGUGGAUUCCGAGGGAACAGAAUUGCGAGGCCGACGAGGCAAGUAGAAAUUUUGAUUUCGAUGAUUGGGGAGUGAACGAGAGGGUGUUUAGCCUUGCACAGAGACUGUGGGGGAAGCUAGAAGUAGACUGGUUCGCGGACGCGAAGAACAGGAAGACGAGGUUGUUUUUUUCCAGAUAUCCAGAACCGGAAACCAGCGGAGUCGACGUCUUCGAUCACAUCGGAAGAGCCAAAGGAAUGGGAUUUUCUUGGUGGGUACCCCCUCCGGUACUCAUCCCGAAAUUGAUGGGAGUUGCCCGAAAAGAGCGCUUGCGAGGGGUUUUGGUGGCGCCAGUCUGGAAAGUCAUCCGUCUUUCCAGGCACUGGUAGAUGGUAGAGGAAAUUUCAUCAGGGCAAUUAAAGAUUACCUGAUUUACGAGAAAAACGACGAGAUUUUCGUGCCGGGGGAAGGUUCCAGAUAUUGUGAAGCGACCAACUCAAAAUUUUGUAGAUCGAAAUUCAUUCUGGCUUUAGUCGACUUCAAUUAAAAAAGGCCCCGGGCUUUGCAAGUUGUUUCUACCUAACUUAUUCCCAAAAAACCUACUUGUUCAAUAAAGGCUGUAAGAUGAACCUUUUCCUUUUUCGGAGUGAGGAAUCAGAAAAACAUAUUCUCUAGUAGCGCAGCGAAAAGAGAAUAAUAUGUUUUUCGUUGACAAACGGAGAAAAAGGCGCACGCGGCGAGCGAAGUUAAAGGCGCAGCGACUUAGGAGGAGGCGAGGGUCUCGAAGCGAAUUGCACCAAGCGGUCGCGGUAGGCGGAAUUUGAAUUCGAAAAGUCAUUCUACGGAAUUAGCAAGGUUCCCGGCCCACCCACCCAACAAGAGAAUGAAAACGAGUGUAAAAUGGUUGCAGAGGGCGCGAAACGACAGUAUGUCAGAGAUUUGGAGACGCAGGCGGGACCUCGGAUGCAACAUCUCAUCGACGCGCUGAAGCUCGUGCCGUACGAGUCGAAAGCCACGUCCACGGCGAAGGCCUACAGAGCGGAAAAAUGUCAAAAAGGAGCGCUUGGAUCGAGACGAUGCAGCUGCCGAAGAACGAGUCGUCGUUCCUGCUCUACCUCGUGGAGCGUGGGAAGAAGAUCGGAAGCAGUGCUAUGUCGAAGAUCUCGGCGGCGUAUCAGGUGGCCAAUGAAGGUUUUUUUCCAAGAUCGGCGGGACGUUUGUGACGGACAUCAUCAAGAUGAAGAGAAGACUCGAGAUUCCGAUGAAAAAAAGAAGCCAGUAGAGGUGACUUUGGAGGACAUUGAGACGAUCACGCAGCGAGCGAUGCAGUCAAACAGACCGGCGAGCGAUCGGGAUGCCUUGCUGGCGAUCCUGUCGUUCCGCGUGAUGCUGCGAGCGUCGGAGGCGGCGGAGAUCAAGUGGGACGGCGUCACGCAAGCAGGAGAUCUGAUUGAGGUAGUUGUGGAGAAGGCGAAGAACGAUCAGAUGGCUCUGGGACGUCGUUCGUUUUUCAACUACGAACCGGGCAGCGAUGCGGACAUUCUGAUGUGCAGAUGGAGACUUCGCUGCAAGGAGAGGGCAUGCGAGUACGUGUUCUCCAAUCUGGAAGGAUCCAAAAAGGCUGACGAAGCAGUCGAUCUCGGCCCUGGCUUCGAAGAUGCUCAAGGCGAUCGGGAAGUCGGGAGCGACGCACCACGGAUUCAGGAGAGCCGGAGCGAACUACUUGCGAGCGCAGGGACAUUCGAUGGACGAGAUCAGGUGCCGAGGACGUUGGAGAUCGAUGGAGGGGCUGCAGCGGUACUUGAAGGAUGUUCCGGAGGCGCAGGGAUGCAGGCGAGCGGUCAAAGGAGUCGGAGGAGACGCAGACGAGUCCGAGUCGGACGAAGAAUGA